AUGGCGCCCUCGGCCACCGACGAUUUGAAGUUCCUGUCCAAUGCUCUCGCGACGCCAGAGCAACUAUCGAGCUCCUCGUCCUCCAUCGACGGCGUCUCUCCCGACCUAGAAGCUUCCAUUCGAUUUGCCGGUACCCAGCUGACGCAAGCCGCGGGAGUUCUGCUGCGAUUGUCGCAAGAUAUCAUCGCCCAGGCCGUCGUAACUUUUACUCGCUUCUGGAUCGGUCCUGAAGGAGGCAGUUUGCGCAUCUACUCGGCGAAGGAUGUAUCCGCCGCGGCGCUCUACAUGACCGCAAAACUAUCCUUUCAACCCACCUCUCCUCGCUCCGUUUUGAACGUCUACACCUUCCUCCUCUCCAAAGAUGCCUCGCCGCUAUGGUUCAUCAAUCCGGCGGGCUCGCCCGAGAAACCCGCCCCGGAGACCUACUGCCUCUCCGAAGGCGGCUACCAAAGCCAGCGACUGACUCUGAUGCGCAUCGAAUCGAUCAUCCUGCGUACAUUGGGCUUUGACACGCACGUUGCCCUCCCUCACACCAUCGCCCUGACGUAUCUUCAAACCCUGGGUGUUUCGUCGACGGCCGUUGCGCGACGGGUAUUCGAGCACCUGAACGCGUCGCUGUUCUCGCCGCAGCUGGUGUACGUGACGCAUCAGCCUAACGCGCUCGCCGUGUCGUCCAUCUAUCUCGCCGCGAGGGAGGAAGGAGUCAAACUGGUGGACGAUGAGUGGUGGGAGGUCUUCGACGUGGACCGCGAAGAGCUCGGGUUUCUGGUCGUGGCGAUGCGCAGUAUGGAGGGGUUUGCGCGGGCCGAGAAGGAGAAGUGGGCGUCCAAGACGGUUCCCAUGACUGUGGACGAUGUGGAAGCAGAGAUUGAGAGGAGAAGGAUGAUGGAAGAGGGAGAGUGA